AUGGAAUUGAAAAACUCUGUGAUCCAACUGUUGAAUCACAAUAUUUCAAGCAAAGGUGUCCCUCGAUCGGUUGGCAUCCAGCUGAGUGUGGCUCUAGCUGAUUUGGCGCUACAGGUUUUGGAAUGGAAGAAUGUAGUGGCCGAAAUGGUAGACACAUUUGGUGGAUCAAGUGAUUCUCUACCAUCUUUGCUGGAAUUUCUGAAAGUAUUACCUGAAGAGCUAUUGAGUCCUAGACAUACUCUAUUGACCGAUGAAGAGUUUAGCAUGAGAAGCGAAGAAUUACUAGAUCAAAACAGUGCGCAGGUAGUAACCUUGUUAUUACACUAUGCCUUCCAUAGUAGUGACUCAGGAUCAGGUACGGCCACCCCUGCUAGUAUUGCAUCUCAGUCUGCCACGACAAGCAGUAAUCUCACUGUUCAUCUCGACGGAGAAACUCGAGCAGUCUUGUACGAGUGUUUAAAUUCAUGGCUGAAAGAAAUAUCAUUGGAAGAUUUCCUGAACACGCCGCUGUUGGAUGUUCUUUUUGCAGGCUUGGAGGAAGAUGAAACCUUCGACGCUGCUGUUGAGUGUAUUGUUUCAAUUAUCAAAGAAACAAGAGAUACUACUAGCCUCGAUAUCAUUUCAGCUAUUUAUCCAAGGGUAGUGCAACUGAGACCAUUGGUCAUAGAAUCCAAGGAUGAUUCAUCUAAGCUAAUUGGUCUUACAAAGAUGUUUUCUGAGGCCGGUGAAUCUUGGCAUGUACUGAUUGCACAGUCCCCCAAUGAUUUUCUUGAACUGAUUGAAUCUAUUAUAGAUUGCACCUCGGUAGAUGAAGAUUUAGACGCGAUUUCUUACACAUUCUACUUUUGGUAUUCUCUCAAGCAGAUGUUGGUAUUGGAAAGAUACAAGAAUUCCCGUUCGAUUCUGGGUAAUGUGUAUCUUCGUCUUAUUGGAAUAAUUAUUGAAAGACUAAAGUACCCUCCUGGAGACGAAAAUUCUGAUUUGUUUGGUGGAAAUCGAGAAGAAGAAGAGAAGUUCCGUUCUUUCCGACAUGACAUUGGUGAUGUGUUGAAAGAUUGCUGUCAAGUUGUUGGUUCUAGCCAAGCAUUAGGAGAGUCAUACAAAGCUUUGACUAGCAGUUUAGCGGCCCAUGCUUCCUGGCAGUCAAUUGAAGCUCCCUUAUUUAGCGUCAGGGCAAUGGGUCAAGUAGUGGACUUGGAUGAGAACGAGGUUCUACCCAAUAUUAUGAAGCUUUUGUUCUCUCUGCCGGAUAAUAAUAAGAUUAGAUAUACGGUCACUUUAGUCUUGGGAAGAUAUACUGAGUGGACUGCUAGGCAUCCAGAAUAUCUCGAUUUUCAGUUGGACUAUAUUAUCAAGGGAUUUGACAGAAAUGAUUCCGAUGUAAGUAAAGCAGCAUCUCAAGCGUUGAUGUACUUCUGUCAAGACUGCAGAGACAUGCUUGCAAAAUACAUCGAACAGUUGCAUCCAUUUUACGAGCAAAUGUUGAAUAUUCUAGAUAUGCAGUCAUUAUACCAGGUAACUGAAGGAAUUGCUCAUAUUAUACGAUCCCAGCCCAUUGACUCAAUUCUAAUUGUCUUGCAACAUUUCAGUAAGCCUAUUGUAGAUCGGUUAAUAGACUUAACUGGUCGCGAGGGAUCUGAUGAAGUGUACCGGUCAAUUGCUGAUAUCAUCGAGCUAUUAACAAUAUUUGUUCGAAACGUUCGUCCCAGCAAUACUACUAAUGGAAAACUUGCUCCUGGAGCUAUUCAUCCAACAACUCAAUUUGUUUUCGAUGUAUUUCCUAUUGUUCCGCCUCUCCUCAAAGCACAUGGUACAUCAAGUUUUGUUGCUGAGCGCUGUUCCAAAUUUACAAAAUUUUGUCUUCAUUCUUGCGGGGCUGCUUUAGAGCCUAUUCUACCUGCUAUUGGUAAUAUUUUGGCUUCUGAAUUUGAGCGAACAAAAUUUGGUUGUUAUUUGUGGGUGAGUGGAGCAGUCGUCACUGAAUUCAGCUUACCAGACGAAGAGAGAGAUACACCUUUAACCAACAGUGUCAAUGUAGAGCAAACCAAAAAGGUCAUUUGGGAGUUUUGCAAGCAUCAGUCAUACUCAUUUUUCAGAAUCCUUAGUGGAUCUGAUCCUAAAGACUAUCCUGACUUAAUUGAAGAUUUUUUCCAUCUCGCUGGAGAUAUCUUAAUGUAUUAUCCCUUUGAGGCUCUCACAUCGGAUUGGAUUGGAGCUAGUUUCCAAGCAGCUCUGGCCGGUCUCACUUUAGAGCAGUUUGAGCCCCUUACUGCUACUUUGCAUUUUUUGCUGGAUUUGUUCGCAUAUGGUGGUGAGCAAGCUCCCUCGUCGUCUGUUAUUCCGGGAGGGAAAAUCCCAGCCGAGAUUCGUAGUGUGGUGAGUUCUCUCGCUGCUGAACAGGGUGAAGCACUGACAUCUCGCAUUAUAACAGGGAUUUUAUUUUCUUACCCACGAGAUGUGAUCACCGAUGCUUCAUCUCUUCUUCUUAGUGCGUAUCGACUGUCGUCCGGAAACGAAACAAUCCGAUGGUUGUCAAACACCCUAGAUGCUCUUCCCGCUGGAGGAUUGAGUCCCGAUGAAAAAAGCAAGUUGUUACAAAGAAUCUCAACAUCAAUGGAAUCACAGGAUUUUAAACGAGUUCGAUCUAUUUUGCGGGAUUUUACAACUUUGUACGGAAGAAGGAAUCUCACACCUCGAAAUGCUGGUAUAAACACUGUUUCAGCAAGUUCAUUUUCUUUCUCAGGAUAG